UAUUCUGUAUAAUGACGUUAGAUGUCGCACUGUCAAAUGUCCAAUUUCUCAAUUAUGUUUUCCCUAAUGCCCGAUUUUUUCCAACGGCGCUUACAUCGAUUCGGAGCAGUCCUCGAAGGAGUCUGUAGCCAGUACUGUAGCCAGUGCUGUAGCCUUAAAACGUUCGGAAUUAUUAAUAAGUUGAAUUUUGAACUAAUUCGUCAAUAUGAGCUUAAGUUUGAAUCUGAUCGCGGCCGCGUGCGAAGGUAUGGGCAUCGGGGUAAAAGGGACUUUACCAUGGAAACUUAAAAGUGAAAUGGCAUUUUUCACGUCUAUGACCACGAAAACAAAAGAUUCAAAUAAAACGAAUGUUGUUCUUAUGGGACGAAGGACGUGGGAAUGUAUUCCGAGCAAGUAUAGGCCAUUACCAAACCGAAUAAAUAUAGUUUUAACGUCGCAAUUCUUGGAUUACGGAAAUGAAGCAAUCGUGUGCAAAAGUAUUCCACACGCUAUUGACGUUAUUUCGAAAGAACCAUUGAAGGAUCAAGUUGAAAGUAUAUGGGUAAUAGGAGGGAGUUCUGUGUACAAGGCUGCGAUGGAGUCUCCUAACUUUUCCCGACUAUACUUGACUAAAAUAAAAAAACCCUUCGAUUGUGAUACUUUUUUCCCACCUAUUCCUAACAAUUUUGUUUUGACCGAGGAUCCAAAUGUUCCUCAGGGUAUUCAGGAGGAAAAUGGUAUACAAUUCGUGUACGAGGUAUAUAAGCGGGAAUAAGAUGAUAUUCGUUCCAUAAAAUUAAUCCUUUCCUUACACAAUACACGAACAGAUUCAGAUUUUUA